AUGGUUCAAAAAUGGGCUAUCGGCGCGAUGAUCAACAUCUCGGGGUCCAUCGCCAUCAACCUGGGCACCAACCUCAUGAAGCUAUCACACAAGAUGAAGAAGGGGGAGUAUCGACAACACGGCGACGACAACACCAGCAACAACGCCAUUCGAUCGGGCCUGAAGCCCUCAGACGACGACGACCUAGAAGCCGCCGAGCCCAUGAUCAACCGCGCGGCCAACGACUCCCCUCGCCGCCAGCAGCAGCAGCAGCAGCACUUUUUCCACUCGUCCUCGAGGAGCGCACAGCGGGCGCAGCACGGCGUGGAGAUGACCGCCUAUCCCAUAGACGCGCUGGUACAAGAACGCGGUGGACCUGGCCGAGUCCCGGAUUCCGAGUCCAUCACAAAUGGUGGCGCGAGAGCAGGCGGUGGUAUUGGUAAGCUGCGAGGGGGUGGUGCUGGCGGUAGCGGCAGAGGUUUACGCGGGGGCGGGGAGGCACGAGGAGGAGCGGACGAGGAGGAGAUGGUAGGACUGACGGAGGAAUCGCUUACGGAGUCCCCGUCUUCCACGACCGGGGUGAGCACGAGUUCCGACGACCGGGCCGCCCAGCAUUCCAGGGGGCGGAAGGCACUGGCCUCCCCCUCCUCCUCCUCCUCCUCCUCCCAUACCGCGAAGAGACCGCCACCAAAGGGCGGCCACGCCAAGGGGACGGGGCCGCCGAAACGGGCCGGGGAGUACGACGAGCACCCGGGCGUGAGAAAGCGGCCCCUGAACAUCAGCCCCAACCAAGGCGGCGGCGGUGGCGAGGAAGGGUUUGCCGAGAAAGGGGGCCUGGAGGCCAGCGGCAGCAGCAGCAGCGGCGGCCACGGCCACGGCGGCGGUGCUUGGGAGCAGCCGCCGACGACGCCGCCCGAGUGGAUGGCGACGGCGCUGUGGUACCUGGGAGCGGUGCUCCUGGUCGCGGGGAGCCUGGUCAACUUCGCGUCGUUCGGGUUCGCGCCGCAGAGCCUGCUGGCCAGCCUGGGCUCGGUGCAGUUCAUCUCUAACGUGGUGUUCGGAAAGGUGAUCCUGCGGGAGAUGGUCACGAGGAGGAUCAUAUUGGGCACGGCCACCAUCAUCCUGGGCAACACCCUCACGCUCUGCUUCAGCCCUCACCAGGACGACAACUUCAGCACCCACGAGCUCAAGGCCUUCUACGACGCCGAGUACAACACCCUCCUGCUCCUGGAGCUGGCCAUAGCGCUCGCGAUGCACGCGGCCUACAAGAGCUUCAAGCGCAGCAAGGAGCAGGGUAGGCCGAGGCGCCACUCCGACCUGGUGAUGCCCCUCGCCUACGCCAUCUGCUCGGCCAUCGUGGGCACGCAGAGCGUCGUGAACGCGAAGUGCUUGAGCGAGCUGCUGACGCUGACUUUUCAGGGGGAGAAUCAGCUGGGCUCGAUUUUCACGUACCUGGUUUUCGCUAUCUGGCUCGGCACGACGAUAUUCUGGCUGGUGAGGAUGAACCAAGCCCUGGCGAUGUUCCACGGGCUCUUCAUCAUUCCUGCCCUACAGGUGUUCUGGACGUUCUUCUCGGUGAUCGACGGCGGUUUCUACUUCGAGGAGUUCCACACGCUGCAUGUUUUGGGGGGCUUGGGUUUCGCCGUUGGGGUGUUAGUGGUGUUUUGUGGCGUGUACCUCCUGGCCCCGCGGACGCAGACGGACCACGGGAGGCAUGCAGGGGUUGGGGACGGGGGAGAGGCGGCUGUUGAUUCGGACGGGGAAGAAUCAGACCUAAGGAAGAUGCUCAGGCUGGAAGCAGUCAAAUCCCCGGCACCAUCGCCGGCGUUCGCGGGCACCGAAGCCAGCUUGUCUCGAGGGCAGUCGCAGUCUUUGGACACGAGCAGCAUGGAGGCGGGCGACGAAGAGAUAGAUUGGGACCACACGCGGAUGCUUAGCAUAGGAUUCUUCCCGAGCAUCUCUACGGACCAGGACGUGGCGAAAAUGGGCAUGGGCAAGUUAAACGCCAGAGUCGAAGGGGUCGCGCCUGGGGCGGGGGAAGAGCGCGGUCGUAUCCAUGGCCGAGCCGACGGUGCUAGAGCAGCGGAUUCUCCGUCCAGGAAAAUCGCGGGGCCCCUUCUCCCCCUCCCGUGGUCGAAACCGAAGGACACUCCACCGCGACCGGACUCCCCAACCGGCAACGUCAAUGUCAAAACCUUGCGGAACGACAGCAGGAGCAGUGGCAGGCCAGGGUCGCCGUUUCGAGCGGCAACAAGAGGCGAUAGGGAUAGGAGGGGCAUCAUGGGUAGGGGAGACACCGCUGCCGCAGCCGCCACCGCAGCUGCAGCUGCAGCCGGUUCGGCUUCGGCGGCCGCCUCUCAGUCCGGGUCUCGAGAGGAGACCGAGCGUAGACGGAGAUGGGCGGGGACAGGGGGGCCCGCGGUGGCGGAUAGCAGAGGGGGGGAGGGGGGCGGAGCACCGGGCCCCUCGAAUGUGACACCGCGAUGA